GUUGCAUCGUCUUUUCAGUGCGUACGCCGCUGCUGUUAUUGUCAACGCCAUUGAAUCUUUCUUCAAAAUGUUAAUGUCUCAGAAGUGGUAGCUAAAUCAGUUUAGGUUUGUUACAGUAGUUGUUGCUUCUGGAUUUAGUGAUAUCGUUUUGUUCUCCUUUUCUUGGCAAGGAUGUCUUUCAGGAGGGUAACAAAGCUGGUGUGUGGGCUUGCUGGUGGAUCAGCAGUACUUGUGGCAAUGGCUGAACCGAAAGGAUAUUAUUUGGAAAAAACAAAACAUAACGAAAGUUCAAAAAAAUUGACUGGUCUAGGUGUUCUCCAAGCAGCAGUGCCUCAGACGUGGUCACCAGGCCAUGACCACACUGUGACUGCCAGUGGGAAUGGCUGGGACAGUAACUGGGAUAAGUAAGCUUCAAUUAGCCCAAAUUAAUUUAUCAUGAGCACAUCUCUCAAUAAAGGGAGUAAGAUUGAAUCAGUCUAGCUAGCACUCUGGAAUCAAUGUCAUUGAUUCGUUGUCAAUUGUCAUUAUGGGAAUGUGUGUAUAAAGUGUAAAUAAUAAUAAUAAUAGGCCUCCUGUAGCUCAGUUGGUAGAGCAUGGCGCUUGCAACGCCAGGGUUGUGGGUUCGAUUCCCACGGGGGGCCAGUAUGAAAAAUUUAUGCACUCACUAACUGUGAGUCGCUCUGGAUAAGAGCGUCUGCUAAAUCACUAAAAUGUAAUAUGUUUCAUAAUUCCCUGAUCUCUGCUAUUUCAUAUGAUUCCAUUUUAAGGCGUGACCCCCUGGCACUCAUAAAUGGGAAGAAAAAGAAGGACAAAGAGAUCACCAGUGAAGAACUGAACACAGAGAUGGAGAACAACAAACCCAAAGCCACUCGUCACAUCUUUCUGAUUCGCCACUCACAGUACAACCUGAAUGGGAGCGUGGACAAGGAGAGGGUCCUAACCCCUCUAGGUAUGUAUAUGAAGUGCAUUGAUUAGUGUUGUAGCCACUAAAAAAGUAUCAGUGAGGGGGCUGAAGUAAAUUGAAUCCAAUAAAGCACUGAUUGAUUGAUUUUGAUUCAUAGGCAGGGAGCAGGCUGAGUACACUGGUCAGCGAUUGGCUGCCCUGGGGUUGAAGUAUGAUGUCAUGGUCCACUCCACCAUGACCCGUGCCACAGAAACUGCCAAGAUCAUCAGCAAGCAUCUUCCAGGUCAGAGACAACAGGACACCACUCAUUCUAACCAAACUCAAAAGUAAUUCUAAGCCUCCACUCUGAACAGUCCUAACCAUAUAACUUAUUUUGCUCUCAAUCUCUGCAUUAGAGGUGGACAAAGUGAGCUGUGACCUGCUUAGAGAGGGUGCUCCCAUUGAGCCUGUGCCACCAAUCUCCUGGAAACCUGACUGUGUGGUGAGUGAUUGCUAUCCGUAGUCCUGGAGAUGGAUGCAAUUACCCACUUGCACUUAAUUUUCUUGUGAGAUAUUUACUUAAAAGGCUUAACUGAUACAAUCCAUUUAGCGCUUGAGCUUCAAAGCAAUCUGUUAAGUGCUGUAUAAAAUUGGAUAUCUGUCAUAACUUUCCCUCACACACUGUACUGGUGCUUUGGUUUCUGCAGUAUCAUGAAGAUGGAGCUCGGAUCGAGGCAGCCUUCCGCCGCUACAUCCACCGGGCAGACACCAAGCAGACAGAGGAUAGCUACGAGAUCAUUGUCUGCCACGCAAACGUUAUUCGCUACUUUGUGUGCAGGUUAGUCCCUCACGUCAUCAACAACACCCGAUGGAGUUGCAUUUCUUUUCACAAGCAGAGCAUAGCUCAGCUAAUUCAUAGUGAGUGAUUUGUCCUCAGUGAGGUGAACAUUCAAGAGGUUCACAGAUUACUGGAAAGGUGUGAAAAACAUGAUCUACUAGUCAAUGUUCAACACUGAUAAUUUAGUCCAAGGUCCUGGUUUCCUAUGGUAAUGCUUUAAUAGGGACACAUUUCUUUAGGCGUGGAUUGUGAGCUCAAAUCUAAUGUUAUGGAACUGUUUAUCUUGGUUGAUAUAGGGCUCUGCAGUUUCCCCCAGAAGGUUGGCUGCGGCUGGGCCUGAAUAACGGCAGCAUCACCUGGAUCACCAUCAGACCCAGUGGCAGGGUGGGACUGAGGAUGAUGGGCGACUCAGGCUUUAUGCCUCCUGAAAAACUCACCCGUACCUAACACUCCUUCACCACUAUUGGCUGGCAACAUGUAACCUGACCUUCUGCUGCCACAUAAUUUGAAGCCAUAAUUUAUCCUCUAUAAGAUGGUUUUGCCCACGUUGGGAAUCAUUAUUUUGACUGCAGUUUUGUAUGGAAAAAAUUAUUUGUAAUAAUGUAUUUUACAGACAGUGCCAUUUCUUAGUAAAUUGAUUUAUUUGAUAAUGCUUUAAUAUUACAGUUUAUGAAUAAACAUGAGGAAAUGUUAUGACUACAUCCAUAAUCGUUUUUGUGUAUACAGUUGAAGUCGGAAGUUUA